AUGCAAAAACUGACGGAGCGCAUAGACGACCUGAAGCAAAGAAUAGCUGCUUGGGGAAAGCGGAUUCGGCGAUAUACCGAGAGGUCGACACGGUUCAACCAGAAUCGUCUCUUCCAGAGUGAUCAGAAGAGGCUCUAUAAAUCAUUGGAGCGACCAAUAGUAAGUGGAACGGGCCCUGCACCAAAUCAGGCCGACAUGGUCGCAUUCUGGCGCAGCCUGUGGUCAGAGCCCGUAAACCACAACGAGGGCCCUUGGAUGGAAGUUGUGGCGAGUCAGUGUGCGAGUAUUACGCCCAUGGACCCCGUCAUCAUAACGCCGGAUGACGUAGCUGAGGCGGUCCGUAGGGCCCCGAACUGGAAAAGUCCGGGGCUUGACGGGCUGCAUCACUACUGGCUGAAGGGGUUCAUGGUGUGUCACUCUGUGCUCGCCCGACAGUUUCAAGAGGCUCUCAACCAGAAGUCGCUCCCAAGCCUCUUCACUACUGGGAUCACUCAUUUGGUUCCUAAAGAUCAGGGUGCCACAGACCCGAGCAAAUACCGCCCCAUCACGUCAUUGACAUUACAUGAAAUUGCUACAGUUCUUGAGGAAGAUGAUGAUUUUAGCAACCAGAGACAAGAUUUUGAUAUUUUUUUACUUCCACCUGACACCGCCAAUGAUUACCAAACUGACGAGGACUCGGGUGAAGAAGAUAACGUCAGCAUAAAUAAUUUGCCUGGAAGUUUGCUUCGAGCUCCAGCGGAGCUUGCUGCCUCAACCUCAAUGGAAAAACCAGAAACUGAGGACCAAACCCCUCCCGAAUUUCAAGAACCUUUAAAAAAACGUGUCAUGAAUUACAAUUGGCGAAAACGAGACUUGCAGCUAAGACCUAUUGUUUGGAAACCCCUUUAUCAUACUCCUAUUGAAAGAAGCCCGAUAGAAUGGUUUUCUUUAUUAUUUUCAGAAGAAGUAUUUGAGAUGCUUACUAUUGAAACCAAUAGAUACUUAGCACGUAAGCUUCUCUCUGCUGACGUCAAGAUUGAAGAGAUGAAAUGUUUGGUAGGGAUUUUGUUAGUCAGUGGCUACUGCCAAGUGAGCAGAAGAAGAAUGUACUGGGAAAAUGCAUCUGACUCAAGAAAUAGUUUGAUUGCUUCAGCCUUGUCUCGAGAUAGAUUUACACUAAUUUACUCUAAUAUUCAUGUUGCUGAUAAUCUAAAUUUAGAUACAUCCGAUAAAUUUGCAAAAGUUCGUCCUUUAUUAAAAGUUUUAACUAUGAGGUUUCUUGAGCACUGUCCACAUAAGGAGAAUCAUAGUGUUGAUGAGGCUAUGGUCCCAUAUUUUGGUCAUCACGGCUGCAAACAGUUUAUUAGAGGCAAGCCUAUAAGAUAUGGAUACAAAUUAUGGGUUGGUGCAACAUCAGGAGGUUACAUUGCAUGGUUUGAACCAUACCAAGGUGCUUCUACAUUUACGAAUGCCCAAUAUUCCCAGCUUGGUCUUGGUGCAAGUGUGGUUUUGUCUUAUGCAGAUCAACUAGCAACAUUAGGCUAUGGAAAAAACUACCAUCUCUUCAUAGAUAACUUUUUUACCGGUUUGCCUUUGGUUCAUGAACUUACUGAGAGGGGAUUUCGUGUAACUGGUACUAUCAGAGAAAAUAGAUCUGGAAAGUGCCCUCUAUUAAGUAACAAAGAAGCAAAGACAAAAGAAAGAGGCUUUUAUGAUUAUCGCAUAUCUGAUGAUAUUAUAAUUUGCAAGUGGCAUGACAAUAGUAUAGUGUCAGUAUGCUCUAAUGCAGUUGAUGUUGAUCCUGUCCACAAAACUGAACGCUAUUCUCAGCAACUAAAAAAAGAAAAUAUCUGUUUCUCAACCUCAUCUCAUUCAACAAUACAAUAA